UACCAUGUUCCCAUUGCAGAAAUGCUUUAUAUGUUCCCAAAAAUUGGAACAAAAGUUCAUGAUAAGUAUUCAACAAGAUUAAAUAAUGAAACUAGCAACCGUGUAGGGUCUAUUUUAAAAAAUUAGUGAUUGAUUUCCGCUUUGGUGAGUCCAAUCUGAAAGGGACAGUAACUGAAUGUAGUUGUUUGUUUAGUAAUCUACCAUGUUGCCAACUUUUAUUUGUGAUUUUUUUAAUUGCCCGAGUAUGUUCCCAUGUUUUCUUGGUGUUACAUCACCAGUCUCUGCACUUGACUCGUGCUUAUUUCUAUUCUAAAGACUUAAGAGUGAGUUUUUAUUUUUAAGGUUUUUUUCACAGCCGGGGUUUUGGUUCAAUUUUUUAUAUUUCAUGGCCUUGGAGGACACAAUUUUCAUCCUCAAUUAGCAUUAAAGUUCUUCUGCGUACCAGUUGGGGAGUUAUUAGAUAAUAUCCUAUUAAGAGCUCUUUGAAUUUAUUUGCUGCAGCAUAAAAAUUCCCACUUGCCCUGUUUAAUAUUUCCAUGUCAAUUAUUUGAGAUGAAAAUACUAUAAAUCCCUAUAGUAUGAAUAACUAAUUAAUAUCAAUGAGCAUAAAAGAAGCAUCCAUUUUAUUGUUGUGGAAAGCGUUGCAUACAUAUGCUUCUUCAUUCCUAUAUUUCGAGGAUUUUGCAAUUCAACAAAUUAGCACGAGUAACUACCUAUUUCCUUAAUUGUUUUGUUUAUGACCCUCUUCAACCUUGAUCACAUUUUCCCCUACUUGAAAGAAUAAUAUUGUCUGGAGAAUGCUGAAGAAAUGUCAGAUGUGCAUGGAUCUGACAAUUCAAUACCGCUUUCACCACAGUGGCUUCUUCCGAAGCCAGGGGAGAACAAGCCUGGAAAUGUAACUGGGGAAAACAAUUUCACCCCAUCUCCAGGUUAUGCAAGUCCAACAGAUGUGGUGAAGAAAAAGGAUGUUUUCAGGCCAACUGUGCUCGAUGAUUCUGGCCGUCGUGAUCGCUGGCGUGAUGAGGAAAGAGACACCAAUUCCUCCGUCCGCAAGGAUCGUUGGAGGGAAACUAAUCAUGAUCAACGCCGUGAGAGCAAAUGGAACACGGAAACUAAUCAAGAUCAACGCCGUGAGAGCAAAUGGAACACGGAAACUAAUCAAGAUCAACGCCGUGAGAGCAAAUGGAACACGCGUUGGGGCCCUGAUGACAAGGAAUCGGAUGGUUUGCGUGAAAAGUGGGUGGACCCUAGUAGAGAUGCUGACACACCUCCUGAUAAAGUGUUGCCGCAACUUACUCAUCACGGAAAGGAUGAGAGGGAGGGGGACCACUAUAGGCCAUGGAGAUCUAACGCUCAAAAUCGAGGGAGAGUGGAUCCGCCGCCUCAUCACCAAACCCCAAUGCCAAACAAACAGGGCCCCACGUUUGCCUAUGGUCGGGGACGCGGUGAAAAUGCUGUACCACCCUCUUUACAUGAUCGUGGAAGGUUUGGUCCUAGUGGAAGCUCUUUGAACCGUACUCCAAUCAAUUUUCAACCGUUUGGGACCGUCUUGGAAAAGGGUGAAAUUGGACAAGGAGAAUCUUCCCCUUUGAGAUAUAGCAGGACAAAGUUGCUUGAUCUGUACAGGAUGACUGAUAUCAACUCCUGCCUGAAACUAUUAGAUGGGGUUGUGCCGGUGCCUUCCCUUACACAGGAAGAACCAUCAGAGCCUCUUGCAUUUUGUGCACCUACCCCUGAUGAAUUGGUUACUAUGGAGGGAAUUGAGAAAGGGGAUAUUGUAAGCAGUGGUGCACCUCAGAUUUCUAAGGAAGGGUCCAUUGGUAGAAACUCCAAUGAUUUUGCGAGACGACCCAAGCUUGGUAGUAGAGAAGAUUUGCCUCUCUCUGUUGAUGAUUAUAAAGGUGAAAGUGUUGGCAAUUCCAAAGGUGGUCAUUCAAGCCACACAGAAGGUUUGUCCUAUGAGAAGCAGAUGCACCCUUACAGGCUGGAUGCAAAAGUGGAAACCCAGCAGGAUCAACAAAUGUACUCUGACGAUAAAUUGUAUCCUGGAGAUUUGCGAAAAGAUGGUGGCCGUUACAGGAUGGACGAGGCGGCUAUCAAUAGGGACACAAUUGUGCAGGGAAAUUCUUCUGUACAUCCUGGCACAGCAUGGCAAUCCCCAUCCAUUGGAGAACAGCCAAAUGUGAACUCGCACGAUUGGAGAGAGAUUCCAGCUGAUGUCAGGUCACGAAGUUCUGAAAUGAGCUGGCUGCAGUCACGGAAAGAUCUGAAUACUGAAUGGGGAUUUGGUUUGGCAGAUUUGUCUUACCCCAAGGAUGAAUCCAAAUGGCAGGUUGGUGGGGAUCCAAGUAUUAGAAGGAAGCCAUCUGCAGUCAUGGACAAGGAACAAGAAACCCUUAAACUGUCACAGACUUCUCCAGAGGACCUUCUUCUUUAUUAUAGAGAUCCCCGGGGUGAAGUUCAAGGCCCUUUUACUGGGAGCGAUAUUAUAGGGUGGUUUGAGGCUGGAUAUUUUGGCAUAGAUUUGCAAGUUCGGCUUGCAAAUGCGCCGCCUGACUCGCCAUUUUUGCAACUCGGUGAUGUUAUGCCUCAUUUACGAGCAAAAGCCCGACCUCCACCUGGAUUCAGUGCUCCGAAAGAUAAUGAUCUUGUACCUGGAUCUAGUAGGUCAAACUCCAGCACCUUUGGGAAGAUUCAUGCCAGUUUAAGUGACGUUGAUAUUAUGAAGGCUGAGGAAAGAUAUAAACAAGGCUCAACAACAGAAGCUGAAAAUAGGUUUUUGGAGUCCCUGAUGUCUGGUACUACGAGUAACCUGAGUGCUUCUCCGCUUGAGAAGUUUGCUUUCUCCGAAGGUCUGCAGGGAUAUGGGGGGAAUAAUUCUAGUGGUAUGCCCCCCUUGGGAUUGGGAAGUGAGGACAACCUUUACUUAUUGGCUAAAAGAAUGACGCUUGAACGGCAAAAGUCUCUACCCAGUGCCUAUCCCUUCUGGCCAGGGAGGGAUGCAGCACCAAUGGUUCCUAACGUAGGUAUAGCCCAAGACUCGCUAACCCCACAUCCAACACUUCUGUCUGGAAUUGGUGAUAGUCCUCAAUCUCAGAAUUUGAUGUCCAUCCUUCAAGGGUUACCUCCUGCCUCUGGCUACAAUACCGGAGGUGGUGGUCGGCCAACUUUCCCUGUCCAAGGUGGCUUGGACCCACUUCAGGAAAAGCUUGAGUUGCAUCAACGACAAAAUUUCCCUCCCCAAGCUUCUUUUGGGAUGCAGCAACAGAGGCUCCAACCACAGAGCCAACCAUCUUUAACAGAUUUACUAGCUCAAAACAUAGAGAACUCUUCUGGCGUUUUAAGACCCGAAAAACUGCUCUCUUCUGGUCUUGCUCAAGAUCCCCAAGUGUUAAGUUUGUUGCAACAACAGUACUUAUUGCAGUUGCAUUCCCAGGCACCAGUUCUUCCGUCUCAGCAAAUUUCAGUAUUGGAUAAGUUCUUGUUGCUUAAGCAGCAACAGAAACAGGAAGAGCAGCAGCAAUUGUUGCGGCAACAGCAGCAACAGCAGCAAUUGCUCUCACAGGUUUUGUCAGAUUAUACCUCUCACCAGCGUUUUGGUGAGCAAUCUUAUGGACAGUUUCAGGCUUCUGCAGUGCCGUCACAGGAGUUUUUGCAGAUGGGUUCGCAGAUACCAGUUACAAAGGUGCAAGACGAACACAUUCAUGACUCAGCUAAUCUUGAUCCCACUGUUUCUCGGGAUUUCAGCAGUAACUUUGGCUCCGUAACCACUUCUACGCAUUUGCCACAUCAAAUGUUUGAGAAUACCACCAUUCAACAAAAUUUGGGUGCUGCUCUGCGGGAACGAAUUGAUGAUGUUCAACAAAAUGAUUCUUUACAGUCAGCUACUGUUGUCAAUAGCUUACCCCAAUCUGAGGUGGUUAAUAGAUCUGCGCAGGAGCAGAUGUCACAAAACAAUUUGAGAACGAAUGAACCUAUUUCAGUUACGUCUGAGGCUGCUGUGCAGUAUGUGCCUUUGGAACAUCAAGCAAAAUCUGUUGCAGUAGAAUCUGCGGUGAAUUUUGAGAAUGAAUCUUCAGUUCCUGAGCAAGUAAAUGAUCUGAUUGUUCCACUUACAGGUGCUCUUGAGGAAGCCCAAGUUGAACUAGAUCAACAAAAUGAAGAGAUGUCCGAGAUGAAAGAAGUGAAAAAUGUUGAAGUGCGCGAAGUAAAGAAAGCUUCUGACAAGAAGUCCAAAAAGCAAAGGGCUUCCAAGGGACAAUCCUCUGACCAGGCAAAGGGAGUUUCUAAAGCAACCUCUUUGCAACAAUCAAAGCCAUCUGGAACCGAAGUCUCUAAUCUUGUUGACACAAAGAAUGAAAUGAAUAUUGGCUUGGGAGAAAUACUUAAUGGAACAUCUCUAACAGAAACUACUGAAAGCAAAUCUGAAGUUGGCACGAUUGAAAUAGUGGAUAAUCAACAAGUUAAAGACUUAUUUCCUGUUAGUUUAUUCAAAGAUGGUACUGAAUCUGUGGAUGCAAAGGUUGAUUCCACAUCAAUUGGACAACGAGCCUGGAAGCAUGCUCCCGGUUUCAAGCCGAAGUCACUACUGGAGAUUCAACAAGAGGAACAGAGAAAGGCACAAACAGAAAUGGAAAAUUCAGAGAUCUCUAUGUCUGUUAAUCCUGUUAGUUUCUCCACUCCUUGGGCUGGGGUUGUCGCCAGUUCAGACCACAAAACAGAUGCAAGUAGUGCCAAAAUAAAUUUGGGCAAACCUGAUAGUUAUACAAAUCAAAAGAGCAAGAAAAGCCAAUUACACGAUAUUUUGGCAGAAGAAGUUUCAGCAAAAUCUCAAGAAAGAGAGGUGGAGAUUUCUGACGGUAUUUCCUUUCCGGUUAUGAAUGCUCAGUUGGAUUUGGUGGAUGAUGAUGAUGACUUUAUUGAAGCUAAAGACACUAAAAAGAAUCGCAAGAAGUCUGCGAAAGCUAAAGGGGUCGGAGCUAAGGUUUCGGUGCCGAUUUCCACUCCUGAUGUGUCUGUUGGAUCAAGUGCCAAUGAGAAACGCAAGGGUUCUCGCCAAGUACUUCAACAGGAGAAAGAAGUGUUACCUGUGGUUCCUUCUGGUCCUUCUUUAGGAGAUUUUGUUGUUUGGAGGGGGGAAUCUGCCAACCCUCCCCCUGCCCCUGCUUGGUCGUCUGACUCUGGAAAACUUCCAAAGGCUGCAUCAUUGAGGGACAUUCUAAGAGAACAGGGGAAAAAAGUUUCGUCUGUCCCACAAGCAGCCCCAAUUCCCCCCCAGAAGCCCCAGCCAACUGAGCCCUCCCGUGGAAGUGGUUCUUGGUCACUUUCUGCAUCAUCUCAAACCAAGGCUGCAUCUCCUAUCCAGAUUGUUUCCAAUGCUUCUGCUCAAUCGAAACAUAAAGGAGAUGAUGAUCUCUUCUGGGGUCCUUUGGAUCAACCAAAACAAGAAGCAAAGCAGUCGGAUUUUCCUCAUCUUGCAGGCCAGGGCAGUUGGGGAACCAAAAGCUCCCCCGGGAAAGGGACUUUUGGAGGUUCAGUGAGUCGACAGAAAUCUACAGGUGGCAGACCUGCUGAACAUUCUCUUUCAUCAUCACCUGCCUCUGCUCAAUCGUCGAUGAAGGGGAAAAAGAAUGCCAUGAGUAAGCAUUCAGAGGCCAUGGGCUUCAGGGAUUGGUGCGAGAGUGAGUCUGUCAGGCUUAUUGGGUCAAAAGAUACAAGCUUCCUGGAAUACUGCGUAAAACAAUCCAGAUCGGAGGCUGAGAUGCUUCUGAUAGAGAACCUUGGCGUAUUUGAUCCUGACCACAAGUUCAUUGACAAGUUCCUCAACUACAAGGAUAUGUUGCCAGAAGAUGUCCUUGAAAUCGCCUUCCAAAGUCGGAAUGAUCGUGGGGCCCCUGGAUUUGGCGCCAGAGAUAUGAGUUCUGACAAUGGAGGUGUGAGGGAAUCUGAGCAAGGUAAUAAUAAUCCAGUGGGUCCCGAUGAGUCCAAAGGGGGAGGGAAAAAGAAAGGAAAGAAAGGGAAGAAGGUGAGCUCAGCAGUUCUGGGAUUUAACGUCGUUAGCAACCGGAUCAUGAUGGGGGAAAUCCAGACCAUUGAAGAAUAGGAAGAUUUGAAGGCAGUUUACUUGUAAAUACAUCUAUCUAAUCUAAAGAGCCGACUUUGAAUGGUUUUUUAUGUUGGGAUUUUGUUUCUUUUUUGGUUUUGCAUCAUAGAGCAAUAGCGGCAGGACUAAUUAAAUCAGCCAAGCGAUUUUGUGAAGUAAGAUGUUACUUUACAGCCUUUUUGGGUUAUGGAACUGAGUUCAUUAUAAAUCAAUGUAAACUUUUCCGUUUUCA